AGGCCCGAAAUCCUUGCUUUCUGAUUUUCUCUUACAAAUAUAAAUAUAUAUAAAUAAAAAAAAAACGCAGCACCAAAUCUGAUCAUCGUCAUCAACCCCCCAAAGCCCACUCUAUCAAUUUUCUCUUCUCUCGUCGAUCUUUCUCUGAAAUUCAAUCCGGUUUAGAUCCCAGAAGAAAAACCAAACCACCCAAUCAUCAUUUUAACGAUCUUUGAAUUACAUUUUUUUUUGCGUUUUUGUCGAAUCGGAUUAAAUCGGUUGUUCUUUUGGAUCGGUAAAAUAAAACGGAAUUGAAGGGUAGGAAUGGAAGGAUUGGUAAAUAAUUAUAAAUCAAAGAGAGUUUGAAGAAUCAAAGGAUGCCAGGAUUAGCGCAAAGAAAUGAGCAAUAUAGUAAUGCCUCAUUUGGGUUUUGGUGUAAGCAUAGCGAUGAUGUUAGCUACAAUCAGCUCCAGAAGUUUUGGAGUGAGCUGUCAUUCCAAGCUCGGCAGGAGCUCCUUAGAAUUGAUAAACAAACCCUCUUUGAGCAAGCUCGCAAGAACAUGUACUGCUCCAGAUGUAAUGGGCUACUGCUUGAAGGUUUUUCGCAGAUUGUCAUGUAUGGAAAAUCCUUGCUGCAGGAGGGAAUAGCUGCUAACCUUCAUUACAACAGGUCAGGAGUCUCAAAAAACCAAAGUGAUGGUGGAUUGAGUAUGACAAAUGGGUCGCAAGAUGAAAUUCAAGAUCCAUCUGUCCAUCCUUGGGGAGGUUUGACCACAACUCGUGAUGGGUCACUUACUCUUCUUGACUGCUAUUUGUGCUCAAAGUCACUCAAGGGACUCCAAAAUGUGUUUGACAGUGCACGUGCAAGGGAACGGGAGCGUGAAUUGCUUUAUCCUGAUGCUUGUGGUGGGGGAGGUCGGGGUUGGAUAAGCCAAGGAAUUGCUAGUUAUGGCAGAGGACAUGGAACAAGAGAAACAUGUGCGCUGCACACUGCCAGGCUUUCUUGUGACACCUUGGUGGAUUUCUGGUCAGCUCUUGGAGAAGAAACUCGGCAGUCUCUCUUAAGAAUGAAGGAGGAUGAUUUUAUUGAGAGGCUUAUGUACAGGUUUGACAGCAAGAGAUUUUGCAGAGAUUGCAGAAGAAAUGUUAUCCGUGAGUUCAAGGAGCUGAAAGAGCUAAAACGUAUGCGUAGAGAACCUCGAUGCACUAGUUGGUUUUGUGUUGCAGAUACAGCCUUUUUAUAUGAGGUAUCUGAUGACACAGUCCAAGCUGAUUGGCGCCAAACUUUUGCGGACACUGUUGGAACUUACCACCACUUUGAAUGGGCAGUUGGAACUGGGGAAGGAAAAUCAGAUAUUAUGGAAUUUGAAAAUGUUGGCAUGAAUGGAAGUGUUCAAGUCAAUGGCCUGGAUCUUGGUAGCUUGAGUGCGUGUUAUAUCACCCUGAGGGCCUGGAAAUUGGAUGGCCGCUGCUCUGAGCUUUCUGUAAAAGGCCAUGCAUUAAAGGGCCAACAAUGUGUGCAUUGCAGGCUUGUAGUUGGAGAUGGUUAUGUUACAAUCACAAGGGGGGAAAGUAUCAGAAGGUUUUUUGAGCAUGCUGAAGAGGCUGAGGAAGAGGAGGAUGAUGAUUCCAUGGACAAGGAUGGAAAUGAGCUCGAUGGAGAAUGCUCCCGUCCCCAAAAACAUGCGAAGAGUCCUGAACUUGCUCGAGAGUUUCUUCUUGAUGCAGCAACUGUUAUUUUUAAAGAACAGGUUGAAAAGGCUUUUAGGGAAGGAACAGCACGCCAGAACGCACACAGUAUCUUUGUUUGUCUUGCACUAAAGCUGCUGGAAGAACGCGUUCAUGUUGCAUGCAAGGAAAUUAUUACAUUGGAAAAACAGAUGAAGCUACUUGAAGAAGAAGAGAAGGAAAAGCGUGAAGAAGAAGAACGCAAGGAGAGGAAAAGAACAAAAGAACGAGAGAAAAAACUCAGGAGAAAGGAGAGACUGAAAGGAAAAGAAAGGGAGAAAGAAAAACAAUGUGCUGAGUCAAGUAUUACUCCUGUUGCUCCUGACGUCUCGAAGGAAGAAUCUUCACCAAGCAUUGAGGUUGAAGAAAAUAUCGCUAUUAGUUGCAGAGACUCUGUGAGUGACACAGGUGAUAUUAUUGUCUCUAGACCUGGUUCUCCAGACAUUGAAGAACAGUUUUUAGAUGGGCAUUCCACUUCAAGUUUGCAAAAUCACUCUUUUGAUAGUCCUGAUGCAGAAGGUCCCAAAGAAAAAGAUGGGAAUGGCUCUUUUACAAUGGAGCAAUCAAAAUUUUCUCGUCGGAGAUUGAAAUUUCGCAAGGAUGGUCCUUUUGAUCCAUCCCCAAAAUGGUCUGAUCGGCGCCGGUUUGCUGCUGUUUCAGAAAGUGCUCCUGUUAAUAGAUCCGAGCCAAGAUAUCAGAUUGAAAACUUUGAGGCUCCUUCCAGGAGCAUCAACGGAUUAAAUAGGCAAUUAAGGAUAAGCAGUGCAAAGCCCAAUGGUCGGAAUUGUGGUGUUAAGUAUACUGAGAAGUUUCAGUGUUCCAACGGCCGGGUUGACAGGUAUGACUUCUACUCUUGCAGCUGCAGCCAACACAAUGAAUACAGAGCCAAGAUUGAGCCACUUGUUUCUGCAACUAGAGUAGGUCGAGAGCCCAAAUCUGUGAGCAAGUCAGAAUCUGCAGUGGAUAUGUCCAAGCAAGUCUAUCGUGGUAACAAGUAUAAUCGACAAGAUUACAUGCGUGAAGAUUGUGGGAAGCUGAAAAAUAAAAUUAUUGCUGGAACCAAUCCUUCCGGUCGAGAUUCACUUCAUUCCAAGAAAGUUUGGGAGCCCACAGAAGCACAGAAAAAGUACCCCCGGAGCAACUCUGAUACAGAUAUUACUUUGAGGUCAUCUACUUACAGUGAAGGAGCUGGACCUGAUAAUAACUUUGUUAAGUCAUCAGGUGAAACGUGCUCUAGUGAAGCAAGUGUAAAUUUGGGUGAAAUUGAUCAUGAGCAUAGCAAAGCUAACAAAUCAAGGAACUCCAGCAUUGCAAUGGAUGAGGACUGUCAUGUGGAACAACAGGAUCAAUGCUCUUCGCUGAAUGCUGCGUAUGAGGAAGUUGGAAUUUGUUCCAAUAGAAAUCCUACCUUGAAUGGAAUUUCUCAUUCUAUGAUGAGUAGCACUUCUAAUUCUGAUAACUGCUCUUCAUGCCUUAGUGAAGGAGAUAGCAAUACCUCCUCUUCAAAUCAUGGAAACUUGGAAUCUUCAUCAACAUCAGAUUCUGAAGAUGCCAGCCAACAAUCAGAUGGGAGAGAUACUUCAGUCUGCCAUCAAAAUGGCUUCUCCGAAGUUCAGGUGAAAGGAAUGGAUAAAAAACAGGAUGUCAAUGGAGGGGUUGCUCUGGGGAGCCAGGCAUUGUUUGGAAAUACACCAGAUGGUAGAGGGAACAAAGUUCCUGGAAAUCCACUGACAAAAACUGCUGAAAAUUCUGACAAUGGAAAACCCACUGCUGUUAUGGGUUCUCAACAUCAAGGCAUGUUUACAUCAGUGCAUAACCAACAUAUACAAUUUCCAGUGUAUCAGGCUCCUUCAACCAUGGGUUACUACCAUCAGAAUCCUGUUUCUUGGCCAGCUAGUCCAGCUAAUGGAUUAAUGCCCUUUCCUCCAAAUCCCUAUCUUUAUGCUGGCCCUCUUGGCUAUGGUUUAAACGGGAACUCACGUUUAUGCAUGCCAUAUGGCACUCUGCAGCAUUUAGCAACCCCCCUGUUUAAUCCUGGUCCUGUUCCGGUUUAUCAGCCAGUUUCAAAGGUCAAUGGCUUGUAUUCAGAGGAGCAAACUCAGAUUCCCAAGCCUGGAACAACAAAAGAAGCUUUCACUGAAGUUAACACAGAGAGGGUUGUUCCUGGCAGGCUGCAUCCAACAGAACAAGCAGCAAAUGGAGAAGGAAGGCAAAAUGAUGUCUCUGCCAAAUUGCACACAGAUAACACUAGCUUUUCCUUGUUCCAUUUUGGUGGGCCUGUGGCACUUUCAACAGGAUGCAAAUCUAAUCCUGUCCCUUUGAAAGAUGAGAUUGUGGGAGAGCUUUCUUCUCAAUUUUCAGUAGAUCAUGUUGAAAAUGGUCAUGCUUGCAAUAAAAAAGAGACUACUAUUGAAGAGUACAAUUUGUUUGCAGCGAGUAACGGCAUAAGGUUUCCGUUCUUCUAAUAUAGUAGUUAGAUAUGGGUGACUGUUUGCCAAUUUAGUCCCUACCUUCUUGCUCAGUGAUAUUGAAGUUUGAGAGUACUUUGUAAUUCGGUAUACAAUAAUCUUACUGUGAAAGAAAAUCCAAUUUUAGCUUAUAGUUUCUUUAGUAGAUUGUUACCAAUUUGUCUCAUUGUUUUAUUUAAUGUAGAGAAAGAUAAAGUUGGGAGAGUGCCAUAUAAUGUUUGAGGGCUUUUCUGUAUGAGGUCAGUUUUUUUGAGUAAUGAAGCUUUGCUGGUAUGAGAUUUUGUUUUCUUGGAUUU